GUUAAAGUAGAAAUGUAAAUAUAUCCUCUCCGGCCCGGCUACAAGGCCUCUGGGUGUCCAGGGGAGGGCGGAGGGAAGGCGGGCCGGGCCGACGCUGUGAGCGGGUGGAUACAACGUAAGGCGCUGCGCAGCGUCUCCAUAAACCCGGGGCAAAUUCCAGCUGAGCAGCGCUUGACAUAGCAGGCAGCGCCGGAGUGUGUGAGGAUGGGCCGGCUGGAUGGGAAGGUGAUUGUCCUCUCGGCUGCUGCACAGGGCAUUGGACGGGCGUGUGCAAUCGCAUUUUGCAAAGAAGGUGCGACAGUAAUUGCUACAGACAUCAAUGAAGAGAAACUAAAGGAGUUGCAGCUGUACUCAGGUAUUCAAAUCAAAGUUCUGGAUGUGACUCGGAAGGAACAAAUAGAAAAGCUGGCCAAGGAGAUCGAGAGAGUUGAUGUUCUGUUCAACUGUGCAGGAUUUGUGCACCACGGCACAAUUCUGGAUUGCGAAGACAAAGACUGGGAGUUUACCAUGAACCUCAAUGUGGGCAGCAUGUACAUGAUGAUCAGAGCCUUUUUACCCAAGAUGCUUGCAGAGAAGUCCGGCCACAUCAUCAACAUGUCCUCCGUGGCAUCCAGCAUCAAAGGGGUUGUGAACAGAUGUGUGUACAGCACCUCCAAAGCUGCCGUCAUUGGAUUGACCAAGUCCGUAGCUGCUGACUUCAUUGAACAAGGCAUAAAAUGCAACUGUGUUUGCCCAGGUACCGUCGACACUCCCUCACUGAGAGACAGGAUUCAAGCCCAGCCAAACCCUGAACAGGCUCUGCAAGAUUUCCUGGGCCGACAGCGGAGUGGGAGGAUGGCCACCGCAGAGGAGGUGGCUCAUCUGUGUGUGUACCUGGCGUCUGACGAGUCUGCCUACGUGACGGGGAGAGAGUUUGUCAUUGACGGAGGCUGGAGCCUGUGACUGCUGGACAGUGCGUGUUACAAGCCCCAUCCAUCGCCUGUGUGGAUCAUCGCUCAUCAAUUCCAACUGAUCCUCCUUCCAGCACCUAAAUCACACUCCGGUUCCUGCUGAAUCACGAUGUCCCUGUCUCCUGGUGAACCCUGACCCUCAUGCUAACCCUAACCCUGACCCUCAUGCUUCUCCCGAGGCUGCCUCACCUUCCCGUUGUGGCUUACGCGGGCCCCACUGCACUGCAGCUGGGACAGACCCAGCCUGGACCCGGCCAGACCCAGUCUUCACCGGUCCUGAAACUGUCUCCUGCACCCAGGUGACUUCCAGCCACAUCACGCCCAGCAUCACCCAUUCAUAGUUACACAGCACAGAAGCAGGCCCUUCAGCCCAUCAUGUGCAUGCUGACCAUCAACUCUUCAUCAAAACUCAUGCCGUUCAGCAGCACUGGGCCUGCAGUCAUCUCUUCCUCAAUGAUUCAGCUGCUCACCCAGAUACAUGUUGUGAGAAUCUCUGCCCCCCCCCCCCCAACAGAGAGUGGGUUCCAAACUCCAGCCACCCUCUGGGGAAACCCUCUGAAUCUCCUACCCUCCCCCCCCCCCGGAUGCCCUCUGGUUCUAGACACCUCUGCUGUGGGGGACCCCUUCUGUGCCUUGCUGUUUGGGCAUCAUAGAGACAUAGUGACACCGCCCACACGGCCCCACGGUGAGGAUGCCAAACUUUCAUGGCCCCCAUAGUUUCCACUCUCUGUUUCCAGGGAUCCCAGCGCCUUUCUCCACAGCACUUCCAAUCUCCUAUAGACAAUAGGUGCAGGAGUAGGCCAUUCGGCCCUUCGAUUCAGCACCACCAUUCAAUGUGAUCAUCCCCAAUCAGUGCCCCGUUCCUGCCUUCUCCCCAUAUUCCCUGACUCCUUGCACUUAGUUUCCACAAAGGCUGUGAAGCAGACGUCUGUCUCUCCGUACCUGCCCUUCCUGUCUGUCGGACCACUGCCGUUCAUUCCCUUAAGGGCCUGUCCCACGGCGAUUUGUUUCGGCGACUGUCGACAUCGACUGACGUAUCAGGUCACCAAAAAAGCUGCGCGUGAU